GACUACAUUUCCCAUGAGCUCUUGCGGUGAAAAUCACAAGACCCAUCAUGAGAGUGUAGUCUUGCUUACUAGCGUCUCUUUGGGAUUUAUUCUGGUGAUAUGGCUGUGGACACUAUCGCACCCGACUGGGAGGUUGACCGUUUUGACGACGGUUCCCAAAAAAUACACACAGAGGUUCAGAUGAAGAACUACAGCAGGUUUCUGGAGGAGUACACGUCCCAGCUGAAGGGCAUCGAAGAAGCUCUUGAUGACUCCAUAGGAGACGUGUGGGACUUCACUUUGGACCCCAUCGCGUUGAAACUUCUGCCUCAUGAGCAGUCAUCUUUACUGGAGUUAAUUAAAACAGACAACAAGGUUCUGAACAAAGUUAUCACAGUCUAUGCAGCUCUCUGUAGUGAAGUGAAACAACUCAAAUAUGAGGCAGAAACCAAGUUCUACAAUGGCCUAUUGUACUAUGGAGAAGGAGUGUGUGAAACCAGUGUUGUUGAAGGGGGGUCGCAGAUUCAAAUGGGCAUAUUCAUUUCAUUCCUUCAGGAGUUGUCCUGCUUUGUUUCAAGAUGUUAUGAGGUGGUGGUCAACAUUGUUCACCAGCUAGCUGCCCUCUACAACAGCAGCAAGGGUGUAACAAAAAUAAUUGAGUCCUCGGGUGUCCAUUUCCAAGUUGUGUACGAGCACCUGGGGGAGCUGUUGGUGGUACUGAUUACACUUGAUGAGAUUAUGGAAAACCAUAAUACACUAAAAGAUCACUGGAAAAUGUAUAAAAGGUUGUUAAAGUCUGUGCAUCAUAACCCUGGAAAGUUUUCCAUUCCCGAAGAGAAGCUGAAGCCGUUUGAGAAGCUGCUGCGGAACCUUGAGGAACAGCUGCUGGAGGGCAUGAUCCUGCAGGCCUGUGUGGAGCAGAGGUUUGAUGAGCCAAAGGAGGGAGUCUCUGUUUCCAAAAACAGCCAUUUUGCUGAGGAGUUUGCCUUCAACAUUCGAACCAUAUUCAACAACGUGGAGUCCAAGAUUGGUGAGCCUACAGAGAUUGACCAGAGAGAUAAAUAUGCUGCAGUCUGUGCUCUGUUUGUUCUUCACUUUCACAUUUUCAGGAGUGUGGAUAAAAAACUCUACAAGGCAUUGCUCGAUGUCUGUAAAAAGGUUCCUGCUGUCACUCUGGUUUCAAACAUCAUCUGGUUUCCUGACACCUUCCUCACCACUAAAAUCCAGGCUGCAGCUAAACAGAUGGACAAAAAGAGUCUUCAGGCAAUCCGAGCGCAUAGAGACACCUAUCUGCAGCAAAGAGCUCAGACGUUAACAAAAGACGUUCAGUCGUACUACAUCUUUGUAACUUCCUGGAUGAUGAAGAUGGAGUCCAUCCUGUCCAAGGAGCAUAAACAGGACAAGAUGGUGGAAGACCUUAACAGCAGAUGCAACGUGUUUGUGCAGGGCAUCCUGUACGCGUACAGCAUCAGCACCAUCAUCAAGACCACCAUGAACAUGUACAUGUCCAUGCAGCGUCCCAUGACCAAGGCCUCUGUUAAAGCACUUUGUCGACUAGUUGAGUUGCUCAAGGCUCUGGAGCACACAUUUCACAGGAGGUCGAUGGUCGUAGCCGACUCUGUUUCUCACAUCACUCUGCAGCUCCGGUCUCAGGCCCUCAACGCCAUCGGCAUCGCUAAGAAAAGAGUCAUCUCUGACAAGAAGUACAGCGAGCAGCGGCUGGAUGUGCUGUCUUCUCUGGUGCUGGCAGAAAAUGCUCUGACUGGACCGAGCACAAAGGAACGCCGCCUGGUGGUGUCUCUGGCCCUGUGUGUUGGCACUCAGCUGAAAACCUUCAAAGAGGAGGAGCUGCUUCCUCUGCAGCUGGUGCUGAAGAAGCUGGAUUUGAUAACCGAGCUCAUUGAAAGGGUUAAGCUGCAGUGUGACUGUAGUUUUCUUUACUGGCACCGAGCAGUUUUCCCCAUUUAUCUAGACGACGUGUACGACAACGCUGUGGAUGCAGCACGAAUGCACUACAUGUUUAGUGCUCUGAGAGACGCCGUGCCGUCCAUGCUGCACGCCAAGCACUUGGAGUCAUGUGACCAGCUGCUGGAGUGCUACGACAAGGAGAUCAUGGACGUGUUCAAUGAGCACCUCCUGGACAAGCUGUGUAAGGAGAUCGAGAAGGACCUGCGUCUCUCCGUCCACACCCACCUGAAGCUUGACGACAGGAACCCUUUCAAAGUGGGCAUGAAGGACCUGGCCCACUUCUUCUCCGUCAAACCCAUCCGAUUCUUCAACCGCUUCAUUCACAUCAAAGCCUACGUGACCCACUACCUGGAUAAGACGUUCUACAACCUGACCACUGUGGCGCUGCACGACUGGGCCACCUACAGUGAGAUGAGGAACCUGGCCACGCAGCGCUACGGACUCACAAUGACAGAGGCACACCUCCCCAGCCAGACGCUGGAGCAGGGUUUGGAUGUUCUGGAGAUCAUGAGAAACAUUCAUGUUUUCGUCUCACGUUACCUCUACAACCUCAACAACCAGAUCUUCGUAGAAAAGGCGAGUAACAACAAGCAUCUGAACACCAUCAACAUCCGUCACGUGGCUAACUCCAUCCGGACGCACGGCACCGGCAUCAUGAACACCACCGUCAACUUCACCUACCAGUUCCUGCGGAAGAAGUUCUACAUCUUCAGUCAGUUUAUGUACGACGAGCACAUCAAAUCCAGACUCAUAAAGGACAUACGGUUCUUCAGGGAGACCAAGGAUCAGUCGGAUCAGAAGUACCCGUUUGAGCGCGCAGAGAAGUUUAACCGUGGCAUCCGGAAACUGGGCCUCACUCCUGAUGGACAGAGCUACCUGGAUCAGUUCAGACAGCUCAUCAGCCAGAUCGGCAACGCCAUGGGCUACGUGCGUAUGAUCCGUUCUGGAGGCCUCCACUGUUGCAGCAGCGCUAUCAGAUUUGUCCCAGACCUGGAGGAUAUAGUGAAUUUUGAGGAGCUAGUGAAGGAGGAAGGACUUUCAGAAGAGACCCAGAGAGCCGCCAGUGUCUUAGAUUCAGUGCUGAGUGAUCUGACCAGUAACUCUGCAGAAGGGUCAGAGUACUUCAAGAUGCUGGUGGCCGUGUUUGCACCUGAGUUUCGGAGCAUGAAGAACAUGCACCUGAGGAACUUCUACAUGAUCGUCCCCCCUCUGACUGUGAAUUUUGUGGAGCACUCCAUCAGCUGCAAAGAGAAGCUAAACAAGAAGAACAAAACCGGCGCUGCUUUCACAGACGACGGCUUUGCAAUGGGUGUGGCGUACAUUCUGAAGCUGCUGGACCAGUAUCUGGAGUUUGACUCUCUGCACUGGUUCCAAGCGGUCCGAGACAAAUACAGGAAGGAGCUGAGCACGGUGGUGAAGGAGCAGAACGUCCAGUCAGCCGGUCAGGAUGAGAAGCUGCUGCAGACGAUGAAUCUCACCCAGAAGAGGCUCGACUUCUAUCUGCGGGAGUUUGAGCUGCUUUACUUCUCAUUGAGCAGCGCACGGAUCUUCUUCAGAGCUGACAAAACCGCAGCCGAGGAAACUCGAGAGGAUGCUGGGAAAGCGGGAGUUUCAUCGGAGGGCUCCACGGCUCCUGAACCACCCUCCAAGUGAAAACCUUCCCUUCUGACUGGAUCAGAACUAUUAAAGUGUUGCCGGGUAAAAAUCAGCCUGCAGCUAAAGCAACACAAACUGCACAAAAGAUUUCAGGAUGAAGAACUGGAGAGCGCCCAGAGAAGCUGCUGGGUGUUUUUAUAUCCCACAAAGUCAUCUCUAGAGAAGAUUGUAGUUUAGUUAUCAGCUGCAAUAUCUGCUAUUUUGUAAAGUUCCACUUCUGUAGCAAAUCGUUUAAGGUUUGCCUGAAUGUUUUCCUAAUAUUUUAUGUUUGUGCCAAAUGUAAGUGCUGUUUCUUUUUAACAUUUUAAACACUGAAUAAAUGUGGGUGCCUUAUGAACUGUGCAUCAUUUUGAUCAUUCGACUUAACUGUACUCUAAAGUUAAAGAUGGUUAAGUUUUAGUUUUCUGCUGCUUUGGAGCCUUUUAAUAUAUUUCUUUGAAUGUGUGGAAACAUUAACUUUGUCAUUAAACCUUUUUAUUCG